GCUGUAGAUCCAGCACACGCGCCGGGCCAUGAAGACGAUCCUCAAGUACGUCGUGGGGGCCGCCGUGCUAGGCUGCGUCGCCGCCAGGACGCCAUUCCAGCUGCCGGGGUACCUGCAGCCAUGCAGACUUAGCGACACGGCCUGCCUGAAGACGACAAUGCAAGAGAUCAUCCCUCGAUUCAGCAAGGGCGCGCCGGAGUUCGGCCUGCCGCCACUGGACCCGAUGCGGAUACGCGAGCUGCAGGUGGACUACGAGAUGGGCGAGAACAUCAAGGGCCGCAUCGUCGUCAGCGACUCCGACACGUACGGCCUGUCCAAGCUGCGCAUCGCUGACGUCAGGACGAGCAGGAACGAGUCGCACGUGUCCAUCGAGGUGGACGUGAAGUUCCCGGAGGUGUACAUAGAGGGCAGGUACAAGUCGGACGGCAUGAUGAUCCUCAUCCCCGUGCGAGGCCGCGGCUACUUCAACAACAGCAUGAGCGACCUGGCGGCCACGUGGAAGAUGAGCGGCAGCUUCGUCCAGGUGGACGGGGACGAGUUCCUCCGGCUGGACCACUUCAGGAUGAGGCCCGAGGUGGAGGACAUGAAGGUGUUCGCCUCCGGUCUCUUCAUGGGCUCCCCGGAGCUGAACGAGGCGGCGCUGGUGUUCGCCAACCGCUACUGGCGCCUCAUCUACGAGAUCCUGCUGCCCUUCGUGGAGGACGGCUGGGACCGCAUCAUGACCGACACGGCCAACAAGGUGUUCCUCAGGGCGCCCUACGACGUGCUGUUCAGCGCCGAGCCGUGAGCCGCGAGCCGCGAGCCGUGUGCCGUGUGCCGUCCGCGAACACCACUCGCCAAUACUCGCGUGUUGUACACCAACCGUGUGCAGACCUUCAGAAAUAACUACCACGUCAUUCGAAAAAUGCUCAAGAUAUCAAAGUGGCUCCUGUUUACGAAAAGCAUUAAAAAAACACGCUGAUGUCAGAUGAGAUGUUCUGUUUCCGUACUGUAUUUCAUUUUUAAAUUGUUUUCAGAAGAGAGAAAAUGGCUCGAACGAGUGUUUUAAGAACAACAUUGAAGUAUGGAAUUCCCGGUGACGAUUCUUGAAAGUACUCAAGGGACUUCCAUUUAUCCGCCGUGUAGUGUUAUGUUCACCGCUCAAAUCUCAUAGUUGCCCUAUGUAAGACGAGAAACUGAGCGCCAAUCCACAGAUUUGCGGUUAGUGGCGAUACAGCGCUAGAAACGCCAGCGGGAAUCCUACGGUUCGCAGGGAUAAGAGCAACACCCGAACAGUUCCGAAUUUUCUCCGACGCUCACCGAUCGCUCGUGAAAAAACACCAUAUUGCAAGGAUUUAUAUAUUUCACGGUCAUACAGUAUUUUAAAUAACGCUAAACUAACGCUAACCGACUUUUUAUUUUUGUUACGAUAACUUAACCCGGCUUAACCCUCCCGGAAAAAAAUAAAUAACUACUAUUUAUUACACUGAUCAAACCUAACCUAGCCAAACAUUUUACUUCGGUAAACUUCGGAACUGUUCGAGUUGUGAUUUUGACUUUCAUCCGUAUGAACUGUAGGCUAUCCUAUUUCAGCUAUAAACGACAAAGGUUAACUAUGAGUACCGGUAAGAAUUUUACCCUCAAAAAUAAAUCUUUAUUGUUUAAAAACCACUUUUACUAUUUUAAUUAUUUCUUACUGUUUCAACGCGUUAAUACACUUUCAAAACAUGUUAAUUACUUACUGGUGCGUGUAACAUUUCUUCAGUUUUUUUUAUCAGACGCACUGCUUAGUGCCACUGGUUGGUAGGCCUUUUUACACUCGCUAUAAGGAACAAGCUUUACUGUAAUGUGUUUAUUAAAAUGUGUUUUUUUUUGUCAGUGAAACCGACUUGAAACCAGCGUUCAUACAAAUGUUUUUACAUACAAAAAUUAACGUUGACACUCGGUGAUGUGAGUGGUGUAUAGGCCCGCCGUUAAGUUACAGGGCCAACACUCGCAAAGUGUCGAAGAGACGCGUUACCAACGAAACGAAUGCACGCCAGUUGGGUCGCGUGCGCGUAAAGGCUAGCUGGCAUUUGAAACGCGAGCCAGUGCCACUCUUACGUUAGAUUUAUAAACUACGCAAGAAACGCAAGCCGUAAAUGUUGACCAACAAAGAUUUUAUUCCAUAUUUGCAUUUAAAAAUAUUAUUUCCUCACACAACGUAUAAAAGAACAAGUAAAAAACUUCUAGCCUACAUUAAUCAACUAACACACCACAAAACCAUAAAACAUUAUUGACAGUCUAAUUUUAAAGAUUUUUUUCUGUAGUCUAUGUUCCACAGUACCUACUAGAAAUUGUUUUCUGUUGCUCUGUUUCGUGUGAAGUAUGAGUGUAUGACUUAUCUAUAAUAUUGUGAAUAAAUAUACACAAAAUAAUUAUCGACGUUUGUACAGAUGAAAUAAUAUUAUUUUUAUACUUUAUCUCAUGUUAAAUUUAUUUUAGACAUUGAAAGGUGUGAUUAUUUCAGAAUUUAUUCUGGAAGUGUUUACAAUUAUAGUUUUGUUCACAUGUAUUUUUGUAUAACGGAUUGAUUCAAUGAACUGUUUAAAAUAAUUAUUAUUAUUUAGAUCAUGUAGCCUAUUUAUUUAAUGAAUAAACAUUUUAUACUUAUUUACGAAGUACAA